GCGGGGGUGGCGGCCGCGCUACCGAGCAUCCUGGUGCCGCCUGGCCACCCGCGAGGCUGUCGUCCACACCGGUGUGAAAGGAGCUAUUUGCCAUGGAAGCCCGGGAGAGCACGGCGUCCACCUAUCAGUUCAUGUCCGAGGCCAACCAGCCCAGGGAGGAAGAUGAUAGCGUGGCACCUCAAGGGACCACGGAAACUAUGCAGCUGAAGAAGGAGAUCUCGCUGCUGAAUGGGGUCAGCCUGGUGGUGGGCAACAUGAUCGGCUCAGGAAUUUUUGUCUCGCCCAAGGGCGUUCUGGUACACACGGCUUCCUACGGGUUGUCGCUGGUCAUAUGGGCCAUUGGCGGGCUUUUCUCUGUUGUGGGUGCCCUUUGCUAUGCAGAACUGGGGACCACCAUCACCAAAUCUGGGGCCAGCUAUGCUUAUAUUCUAGAGGCCUUUGGGGGCUUCAUUGCCUUCAUCCGCCUGUGGGCCUCCCUGCUAAUCGUUGAGCCCACCAGUCAGGCCAUCAUCGCUAUCACCUUUGCCAACUACAUCAUCCAGCCCUCCUUUCCCACCUGUGAUCCCCCUUACCUGGCCUGCCGUCUCCUCGCUGCUGCUUGCAUAUGUCUGCUGACAUUUGUGAACUGUGCCUAUGUCAAGUGGGGCACCCGCGUACAGGAUACUUUCACUUACGCGAAGGUCCUAGCGCUCAUUGCCAUCAUUGUCAUGGGCCUUGUUAAACUGUCCCAGGGUAAGGAGGGCCUGAGGCGGGAAGGAGGGUGGAUGACUCCGGGAGGCCCCCGCGGGGAUUCUAGAGCCCAGGGGCGUGGGACACAUACCCAUCCUGGGACAUCGUGGGGAAGAGGUACCUCGAAGACCCAGAGGCCAGGGAACUGUUCAGUGUCAGAAAAAUCCUUGGGUGAACUUGGACCCCAGGGAGAGGCUGGUUCUAGGUCUUCCUGUCUCACCUGUGCUAACAGGAAUCUGCCCCUGGCCAUCGGGAUUUCGAUGCCAAUUGUGACGCUCAUCUACCUCCUGACCAACGUGGCCUAUUACACCGUGCUGAGCAUUUCAGACGUCCUCAACAGCGACGCCGUGGCUGUGACAUUUGCUGACCAGACCUUUGGCAUGUUCAGCUGGACCAUUCCCAUCGCUGUGGCCCUGUCCUGCUUUGGGGGCCUCAAUGCGUCGAUCCUUGCUUCAUCAAGGUUGUUCUUCGUGGGCUCCCGUGAGGGCCACCUCCCAGACCUUCUGUCCAUGAUCCACAUUGAGCGUUUUACACCCAUCCCUGCUUUAUUGUUCAAUUGCACAAUGUCGCUCAUCUACCUCAUCGUGGAGGACGUUUUCCUGCUCAUCAACUACUUCAGCUUCAGCUACUGGUUUUUUGUGGGCCUGUCUGUGGCUGGACAGCUCUACCUUCGCUGGAAGGAGCCCGAGCGGCCCCGGCCUCUCAAGCUGAGCCUGUUUUUUCCCAUCGUGUUCUGCAUAUGCUCCUUGUUUCUGGUGAUUGUGCCCCUCUUUGGAGACACCAUCAAUUCCUUCAUUGGCAUUGGGAUCUCCCUCUCCGGAAUCCCCGUCUACUUCCUGGGUGUUUACCUGCCAGAAUCCCGGAGGCCGCUCUUUGUCCGGAAUAUCCUGGCUGCUAUCACCAAAGUCACCCAGAAGAUUUGCUUUUGCGUCCUGACUGAGCUAGAUGUAGCCGAAGAGACAAAGGUUGAGAGGAAAACUGACUAGAGGCCAGAGGUGAAGUCCCCUGAGGCCUGGAAGGUUUUACCUGUGGCCACAGUCACCAAAGGCCAGAUGGCAAGACUGUGUGGACCCAGCCCUCUUGUGCUGAAGGAGCCUGUUGGCACACAUUAUGUCAGGGGGUGGAGGGCUGAUGGCUUCCUCAG